CGUUCUUCUUUGCCAUAGCUCUUGUUUGGUGAAUGCAACUUGAAUAUUUCUGAUUCAAACAAGCUCAGUUCUGUUUCAAGAACAGGAAUAUGAUGGUCAACAUUAUUAUUGAAUCCGUAUUGAUUAUAUUUAUAGCUAUAACAAUUGUUUUGGCUCAUAAAUCAAAUGGUCAUAAUGAUAUCGAUAAUCUUCAAGUGUUUGGCGAUUUUCGUUCAAUCAAAUUAAAAUGGAAUUAUAAUAAUGAUAACAACGAUAACAAUGAUAAAUCUGAUGGUGGUGGUGGUCCUAGAUUUAUAAUCAGAUAUUGUGAACUGAAUAGCUGGCAAAUGAAAAAUCGAUGCCGAAAUCGUAUUCUAAAAACAACAACCAACGAUAACGACAAAAACGACCACCCUGGUGAUCAAACAUCAGCCACCACGACAACAUCAAACGAUGAUGUUAUUAUUGAUCUAAAACAAACUGAUAACCAAAAUUAUCAAGCAUCCAUUUAUAGUCUACGUGUACAUACUAAUUAUUCAGUCAUGGUACAUGCAUUGAACAAUGAUGACCUUAACGAUAAUAACGAUGAUGAUAAUGAUGAUCAGGAUCAGGAUCUUAUCAAAACAAAACAUUCUGAUGCCAUUCUGGUUUCCACUAAAAGCUUUAAUGCUCGUACUUUACGUUGUUUGGCUAAUCAAUCGGAAAUUCAAGUAUUCACUGGACCAUAUUUUGGUGGUAGAAUUUCCGUAGAAGGAUCAGAUAAUCCAGCUUGUUUGAUUAAUGGUGAUCGUAAUAACCCGGAAGAUAGCUAUAAUUUUACUAUUAAUCAUGAACUUUGUAAAAGCAAAACUAUUGAUAACGUUCGUAUCGAAACAAUGGUCAUGGUGAAUGAAAAUCGUGAAAUUCUAACACAUAAUUCUCGCCGUUAUCUGGUUAUUUGUGGUUUUGAUCCGGAUAAAUACACCCUAACAGCAUCAGUUGCAGUGCCAAAUUUUUUGUUGAAAAAAUUUUCCGAACGAUUUCGUGAUAAAACAAACAAUUCAAAUUCAAUCAAAUCCGAAUGGCCUAUAUUGGAUAAACGACAAAAUCCAAAAGGACGUUAUCCAGUUUUUAUUGAACGUAAUCCAUUAAUGAUUAACAAAACAAUUAAAUUAUAGACAAAAUAUUUUAAGAUUAAUAAAUUUUAUUUUUUUUCAAAUUUUAAA